GUUGCGCGUGGUAGCCUUACGCGAGACCAAAGUUACGCGAGUGUUGCGCGAGUUUGCGUCAAGGCAGAGAAGCAGGAAACCAGUGGUUCAGUGAGCAGCUAACCUUGGCUUGAAGUUCAAAGUCGGCAGCAGCGUCGGAGAUUCAGCCGACCGGCAUCCUCGAGGCCGCAAAAUUCCGACUUUCAGUGAAGUGUGCAAAAGAGGCGCUUCGACGAUUAAAGAACUGAACAGCCAGGCGGAAACGACGAUCGAUAUGCUGUGCUGCGAGGAAUCACGACUCAACGACGCACAGAGCACGAUAGCCAAAAGCGUGAGGUCAUCGCGGUGUGACCGCGAGGACAGCAUCACCUGCGGUAUGCUACCAAUCCUUCACAGGCUGUCGACCGGCCUGGAAAAACUGAAGGACGAGUACCGGGCGAUCUUUUGCGUGAUGCCCCUGCACACCGAGAUGGACACAGCCAGUCGCCUUCAAAUCACUCUGUUGGAGGCGUACUGUCGGGAGGUUGACAUUGUAGCAGUGAGGAAGCCCGCGCAAGCGAUACGCCAAAAUUUCUAUCCGAACUGCAAGGACCUGCCGUGUGUCCUGGUGGCCCUCGGAAACUCACCAUAUCUCAAUUUACCGGAUUGAAGCCACUCGACGACUCGUCCCUGAGAAUUGAAACUACAAAAAAAAUGCACUUUGCUAAGUGCGAUUUUCGAGGCGGGAUCUUCGCAUCCGAGGAUGAAGGAGAGUUUCCAUCCCACGUGCAGCACUAUAUCUCGUCAAUAAAGGACGUGAUGGACUCGAUAAUGAACAUUCCAUCUAUGAAUAGAAUAAGAUCGAGCCAUUUCGUUAUUAUUGUUAAAAGUGAUUGCAUUAGACGAGUGACUUUAAAGUCGCUCGAUGAUUGUUUCAUGAUUGUUAGCUGCUUGAAGAAAUAUUGAUUGAUAGAUGUAACAAUAUAUUCUUCAAUUGUGUAUUUCGUUUGUAACCAUACACACAUAUAUGUUAACAUCGAUUAUAUAUACUUAUAUAUGUCACCUGAAAUAAUGUAUACUAAAUUAUCCAUCUUUAUGUAUACUUUAUAAAAAUCGAACAUUUGAAAAAAAUGUAAAAACUUGCAAUCUGCCUCAUUUGAGCAAGAUUAUACGAUACGUUAAAAUAA